CCUGCACAGGCCUGUGUCACCCGAUUCGAGUUACAAUUUUGCCUCUUAGGAGGUUGUCUCUAGACAAACUAUGAUUCUGUGAUGAUACUAAGAAGUAUAGAAGCCCUAAGUGAACAUAGCUGAGCAUGAUUAUCACGUUAUUGAAAGGAAAAGUGUCUGUAUGGAUACGUGAGCGAUUCGAGUGCGGUGUACGGGGCCACUGACGUCGCCAGCGCUCGUCCCUCCGUCCCUAGUGCCAAAUGUUUUGCAAUGUGAAAGUAUGGAAUUGUGCCACGCGUGACCUUUCCCGUAGAUUUUCGUCAGGUCGCUCCGACGAGCGGAAAAUUGGGCUGAUUGGCAGUGAAAAUGUGUUUUGUCUCGCGGCUGACUUUAGUGCGCCGAGGUUCGAGCGCUGGCGGUGUGGCGGUCACCCUGACCGUGGCGUAUGCCUUCGUCAAUCCCAACAAGAUUGUAACUAUAUUUAUAUCAAUUUAUUCACUUUUGAUGGUGCAAUUGCAGGUGGUCGACAUGCACGCUGUCAACGAAAUUAUAUCCAUUUUGGAGAAAAUCAAUAUUACAAAAGAGCUGUUGGAGACCACCCGACUGGGCAAGCAUGUCAACGAGCUGCGACGGAAGACGACUGACCAGACUUUGGCGAGGAGAGCCAAGGUGCUGGUGAAAAGAUGGCGAGACCUCGUCAUACCAACUGUUGCCUCGCCCGCUCACACUGGUUCAAACCGGUCGUCAGCGGAGCGUCAGAUGCGACGACUGGGCGGGACACCGCUCACCUCGCCCGCGCUCACACGGAAUGUGGUGAGUCCUGCCGUGCCCAGCCCACGCACGCAAGCCCGCCCUGCGUGGGGCGGAUACGAGUCUGACUCGCAGGAUGUGAUCUUAGUGGAUGAUGAGCCCCCCGCCGCGCUGCCGCCCCCGCCCAUAACACCCCUCGCGCCCCUAGCGCCCCUCGCCACACAGAAACCCCUCACGCCCACGCCCACCAUUACGCCCACGCCUCCGAUCAAGAGGCAACCGUCCCCUGAAAGUGUUCAUGAUGACAAAAAAGCGAAAAGGGAUAAAAAGCCUAAGAAAAGAAGGGGCCACAGUCGCGCGGGGUCCGGUGCGGAGGCGGGGGGUGUGGUGGAGAGUGCGCUGGCGCAUUGA